GAAAAAACUGACUCUACAGUGUGAGUAAAGGGCAGUGCAGGCUGAGGGGAAGAAAGCUUCUAUAGUGGGCGGCAAAGUGCCUAAUUUUUCAUUGCUUUCUCACUUCGAUUCUAGUCUCUAUACAACCCGUUUUUCUCAGUCUCUCUUUUGCUUCUCUCUCUCUCUCUUCUUUUUUUUUUUUCUAUAGCAUUAAUUGAUUCUUUUAUCUCGCUCUUUCAGUUUCUUCUGCUUUUCUUCUCCUUGUUGAUUCAUUACACACUAAAGCUAAAAGGUUUUGAGUGGAUAUUCACCUGUUUUUUUGCUCUGGUUUGAGCUUUACCUAUCGAUUCUUUGAUUCAUUUGGUGAAGACCCAGUUGAGUUUAGAGGGUAAAAAGCAGGUGUUUAAGCUAUGGCAGCUCCGAAACCUGAAGAAAUAAGCCACCCACCAAUGGACCAACUUCAAGGCCUAGAGUACUGCAUUGACUCAAAUCCUUCCUGGGGGGAGGCUAUAGCUUUGGGGUUUCAGCAUUACAUUUUGGCCUUAGGAACUGCUGUGAUGAUCCCUUCUUUUCUUGUUCCUUUAAUGGGAGGAACUGAUGAUGAUAAAGUAAGAGUGGUGCAGACACUGCUAUUUGUUGAAGGGAUCAAUACACUUCUACAGACACUGUUUGGGACUCGACUACCUACCGUGAUUGGGGGGUCUUAUGCCUUCAUGGUUCCCAUUAUAUCAAUAAUUCACGAUACUUCCUUGACGAGUAUCGAGGACAACCACGUGAGAUUUCUAAACACCAUGAGAGCUGUCCAAGGUGCACUAAUAGUAGCAUCAAGCAUACAAAUUAUUUUGGGAUACAGUCAGAUGUGGGCCAUUUGCUCCAGGUUCUUCAGCCCCCUUGGAAUGGUUCCAGUUAUUGCACUAGUGGGCUUUGGCUUGUUUGACAGAGGCUUCCCUGUGGUUGGUCGCUGCGUGGAAAUUGGCAUCCCAAUGCUUAUUCUAUUUAUAGCGUUUUCUCAGUACCUGAAGAAUUUCCUGACAAAACAACUGCCAAUACUGGAGCGGUUUGCUCUCCUCAUAUCAAUCACAGUAAUAUGGGCAUAUGCUCAUCUCUUGACAGCAAGUGGUGCAUACAAACAUCGUCCGGAAUUAACCCAAUUAAAUUGCAGAACUGACAAGGCCAACCUCAUUUCUUCUGCUCCAUGGAUAAAGAUACCUUAUCCUCUACAGUGGGGUGCUCCUACUUUUGAUGCUGGCCAUGCUUUUGGAAUGAUGGCUGCGGUUUUAGUCUCAUUGAUUGAGUCAACCGGAGCUUACAAGGCUGCCUCACGCCUAGCCAGUGCCACACCACCUCCAGCGCAUGUUCUUAGCCGUGGCAUUGGUUGGCAAGGCAUUGGGAUCCUUCUGGACGGAUUAUUUGGAACGCUGACCGGUUCAACAGUCUCUGUAGAAAAUGUGGGCCUUCUUGGAAGUACUCGCGUUGGAAGCCGCAGAGUCAUUCAAAUCUCUGCUGGCUUUAUGAUAUUCUUCUCGAUACUAGGAAAAUUUGGAGCUUUAUUUGCAUCGAUACCUUUCACCAUAUUUGCUGCCGUGUAUUGUGUUUUGUUUGGUCUCGUUGCUUCGGUGGGGCUGUCCUUCUUGCAAUUUACAAACAUGAACUCCAUGAGGAACCUCUUUAUCACUGGUGUUGCCCUGUUCUUAGGUUUGUCUGUUCCUGAGUACUUUAGAGAAUACACCGCCAAGGCUCUUCAUGGUCCUGCUCAUACCAGGGGUGAAUGGUUCAACGAUUUCCUUAACACCAUCUUCUUUUCAUCCCCAACUGUUGCAUUAAUUAUCGCUGUAUUCCUAGACAAUACACUCGACUAUAAAGACAGUGCCAGAGAUAGGGGAAUGCCAUGGUGGGUUAAAUUCCGUACAUUUAAAGGAGAUAACCGGAAUGAAGAGUUUUACACACUCCCUUUCAACCUCAAUCGUUUCUUCCCACCAUCAUAAAUCGUCAUCAUCAAAGAGAUGCAAGGAAAGAGCACUGCUUCCAGAAAGACAUACGUGAUGAUGAUCACAGCCUUUGGUGAAGGACUAAACGGGGUUUCAUGUGUUCUACAUUUCUGAGAAAGGAUCUCCCAUCAUCGGUCCUAUGUAUAUUUUGACUUUGGAUUAUUCUGGUUUAAUCCAAUUAGUUAUUAAAUUAAGCAAAUCUUUUUGGGUGUAA